CUCCUCCGUACCUGCCUACCUCAUGUGCCUGGGCUUCUUACAAUCAAGUCCAGAUCACAUCUCUAUGCGCCAGCUGCAGCAUCGAUUCACAGGCCAGGAACCUGAGUAAACUAGCAAGCGACAUCCGACCCGAGCACUCCUCCUUGCUUUUGCCUUGAUUUUGAUCCAACAACCUCAUCGUCGCAAUCUCUCGAGAUUGCCGCCUCCCCAGCCUCUAACGUCAUCGAUAAACGCCGCCGGCCCUCACAAGAGCUGAGCCAACAUGGCUUCCAGGAAGAAGGUCCUCCUGAAGGUCAUUAUCUUGGGCGAUAGCGGUGUGGGAAAGACAAGCUUGAUGAACCAAUAUGUGAACAAGAAGUUCAGCGCCAGCUACAAAGCUACCAUCGGGGCCGAUUUCCUCACGCGAGAGGUGUUGGUGGAUGACCGCCAGGUUACAAUGCAGCUGUGGGACACUGCAGGCCAGGAACGUUUCCAGUCAUUAGGGGUCGCCUUCUACCGAGGAGCUGACUGCUGCGUGCUGGUGUUCGACGUUAACAACUCCAAGAGCUUUGAUGCGCUGGACAGCUGGCGGGAUGAGUUCCUGAUCCAAGCAUCGCCCAGAGACCCAGACAACUUCCCCUUUGUUGUCCUAGGGAAUAAGAUUGAUGUCGAGGACAGCAAGAGAGUUAUCUCGACCAAGCGGGCAAUGACCUUCUGUCAAUCAAAGGGAGGCAUACCCUACUUCGAGACCAGUGCCAAGGAGGCAAUCAACGUUGAGCAGGCAUUUGAAGUUAUUGCCCGGAAUGCUCUGCUUCAAGAGGAAUCCGAAGAGUUCAGUGGAGACUUCCAGGAUCCCAUCAACAUCCACAUUGAGAACGACCGGGAUGGAUGUGCUUGUUAAGUUGAGCGGCCUCAAACCACCUACCCACAGGCACCUAAUGUAUGAUAUCGUGUCACUCGGUUGGGAUGAUGCAUUUGAAACGCCCCAUUGAUUUGCCCUUUCUUUUGGAGAUCAUAUCAGAUCAUCAAGGGCCGGUGCUUCCUUUGUCGUCUUUGCGUUGUCUUCCUCUGUGCCCCGGGCUAUUUUGACCCUAGCCCUAGUUGCUCCUUUGUUUCCGAGGUGAUCCAUAGAGGGCAUUUGUGUAUACGGUGUGCAUUCAAGACGAAGAAGAAUACCAUGCAAAAUUACAGUUUUCAAUCC